AAGUUUUUUUUUGUUGUAGAGUACAGUAACGUUAUGAUACGCAUUUGUACAUGUGUUUACAAAUUCCCUGCCUGUGAAAAUAUUUAAUGACGUCAAGUGUAAAUCCGUCUCACCGGAUGUUGAUUCUCACCGAAAGGGUCGGGCUGCUAACGGUAAAAGCUUCAGUGACACCGCGGGCAGGCUGCGUUUCUCACAAAACCAGAAUAAAAGUGCACAGUAGAGUUGUGAGCGUAGCACUGUGUCCAAGCCCUUUCCCUAUACAGACAUCCGGCCAGCAUGUCCAGUGAUCCUCCCCCUCCGUACCCCGGAGGUCCCAGUGCUCCACUCAUUGAGGAGAAGAAUGGACAACCUGUUCCUAUAAGAAAUGCCCCUAUACAAGGACAACCCUUGCCUCCAGACUACGGUCCUCCACCCUACGAGGGCCCACACCCAGGCUUCCUUCCCCCACAUGUUCCUGGAGAAGGGCCCAUGCCCAUGCCAAUGCCUAUGCCUCAAGGCGGCCUUUACCCACCUCCGCCCGGUCACUAUCCACACCCAAUGCCAGGACACAUGGGCCCUGGUCCCAGUCACUUUGUCCACAUGGAAGGUCACACAGCGACCGUCCUCGCUCCUCCAGGAGCAGCCACCACUGUGACCGUACUGCAGGGGGAAAUGUUCCAGACUUCACCAGUGCAGACUGUAUGUCCGCACUGCCAGCAGGCAAUCACCACCCGCAUCUCCCACGAUGUCGGCCUCAUGAACACACUCUUCUGCCUCUUCUGCUUCUUUGUUGGGUGUGAUCUCGGCUGCUGCUUGAUUCCCUGUCUGAUUGAUGACCUCAAGGAUGUGACACACACCUGCCCUUAUUGUAAGGGCUACAUUUACACAUACAAGCGUAUAUGCUAACCACCGACAGCUAUAUGCUACAGAGAAAUGUACAUGCACCCACACUAACUCACAGCUCCUCCUGCUGGUAAUGACAGGCUUCCCCUCCCAAUUUUUGCAAAGUGUUGUAGCCCUCUUAAAUUGUAAGUGCAGUUUUCUCAUUAGUUCACAAAAUAUUUACUGUAUAUAUAUAUAUAUAUAUAUAUAUAUAUUAUAGCAUAAUUCCUUCAUGUAUAGACAUGCAUUUGAAAUGUAAAAAUCUCACGGGCACUAGCACAUCCACAGAGAUGGAUAGGCUGAAGGUGCAUCUGAUCCUGUAUGGAAACCUGAAAAAAAGGCUUGUGAUGUUACGCAUGUUAACAAGAGAGUUAGAAAUCUGGAUAGAUGGACAGCCCUCAGUUAGAGAAAGCUGUGAAAAUGGUCACUUUAUUUAUUUGAAUUCAUCUGUGAAUCUUGCUGAGAAGCAAGCUUAUUGAAGUCAGUCAUGCUGGGUUAACACCUGUUUUUUUCCUAUUUAUUUAAAGUAUUUUAUCCACUAUUAACAAGUUAUUAAGAACUGUGAACAUGUUUGUCCAUGUCUGAUCAUUUUGUUCUAACAGAUCUAGUUUUUUCCUUUUAUCAUUAUCCCUUUUUGAAUGUGAGCAAACUAACGAACCAUUUUCAGCUCGAUAAACUGCUGUAUUUGCUUAUUUGGGAAUGCCUACGAUUGAUGUUACUUGCUAUAUUUAUUAAUCCCCUGGGCCCUUAGUCAGUAGUCACUAAAUGUUGAGUGAUUUACAGUUAAUGCCCCCUGUCCAUGAUGUACUUUAGUUUAAUAAGGAAGCAAAUGUUUGCACUUUAAGUUGGAAUUCAAGUUCCCCUUCUGAUGCAUCUGUCGUUAGUCUGAGAGAUUUGGGCUUUACUGUUACUGAUAGAAUCACACUGAAUUCUAUCUUAGCAAUUUUGUGUUCUGUCUCCCGACAAGUGUGUUGGCAAACAAAUUACAGUGAUGGCAACAUCAUCACAUAACAUUGUUUAGCCUGUUACCCUCCUAAUAUGGCAUCAACCCUUUAAGAUUACUCACAUUGUUCUGAUGCAUGUUCGAUAAUAAAUACAGUUGUCUAUAUUGACUAAUACUAAAUAGCGACCUUUCUCUGCUAGGGAUAUGCUUCAAAUGAGUGAUUGUAUCAGACAUCUUGCAAAAUGACAUUGUGAUUCCACUGAGAUAACUAACAAUAAGACAACCAUAGUAUGCCCACCACAGCAUGUCCCAUCUGCCGUUCACCUUUACUCACAAAGUGCAGUUUGUCUGCAUGAGCCACACA